AUGAGGAUGGAGGGCAGGGAGGAGAUGCAGGGCGCCGUGGGGCUACGCUGCACCUGGGACAUCCCGCCACCCGCUGGCACCCAGGCCAAGUGGGUGAGGCUCAAUGUGGGGGGCACCGUCUUCCUCACCACCAGACAGACCCUGUGUCGGGAGCAGAAAUCUUUCCUGUGUCGCUUGUGCCAGGGCGAGGAGCUGCAGUCGGACCGGGAUGAAACUGGUGCAUACCUAAUAGAUCGGGACCCCACUUACUUUGGACCGAUUCUAAAUUUCCUCCGUCAUGGAAAGCUGGUCCUGGAUAAAGAUAUGGCUGAAGAGGGGAUCCUUGAAGAAGCUGAGUUCUAUAACAUUGGUCCUUUGAUCCGAAUAAUCAAGGAUCGAAUGGAGGAGAAGGACUACACAGUAACACAGGUGCCUCCUAAGCAUGUCUACCGUGUGCUGCAGUGUCAGGAAGAGGAGCUCACUCAGAUGGUUUCCACUAUGUCAGAUGGAUGGCGAUUUGAACAGCUUGUGAACAUUGGCUCAUCCUAUAAUUACGGGAACGAGGAUCAGACAGAAUUCCUGUGCGUGGUAUCCAAGGAGUUGUACAACUCUCCUAAUGGCCUGAGCUCUGAGCCCAGCCACAAAGCCAAGAACACAGAGGAGGACCUGGAGGAGGAAGAGCAGGAGGUGGAGGAGGAGGCAGAGGCAGAAGCAGAAGCAGAGGAGAAAGACUGUCCAUCUAUUCGGGAUUGUGCUAAACUCUCUUCCUGCGGACCCUCCCUCCUGCUCCCUUCCGUGUCCAUCCCAGCACUGUCAUCUACCUCCCACAUUGCCCCACUUGCCAGCCUGCAGCAUCUUUCCCUCUGCUCUCUUUGUCCCCCAGGGCUCAGAGUGGUCUCUGCCCAGGGCCCUGUCUCUCUCUGCUCCUCACUUUUCCUCCUCUGCAGGUAUGUUACCUGUCUGCACUCCCAGCUCCUGCCAGCCUGA